CUCCUCCUCCUCGGUUCGCGUCUUUGAUUCAAAGCUUCUAAAAUGGAUAAUUAGGGAUUUUUCAAAAUUUCUGAAUUCGAUUCGAUUCCGUUGCAAUGGUGGAGAGACGGAGUCCUCUCGUCCUCUCAUCCACCAGAGCCACACUCCGCUCAGUGCUCAAUUCUCUUCAACCCGUCGCUUCCGGCGGCGCCCGAGCUUCGAAUAGCGACGGGAUUAGGUUGCCAGCUGGCAACGGGACGGAGUAAAUGAUUCCGAUUCAAAGUUCGAUUCUUUUGAUGACUCAGCAUUGGUUGGACUCUCGACUCAAUCGCUCAAGAGACUUUCCAUCAACGCUGGCUCUUUGUAUUCAAUAAUGCAAGGUUGUUAUCAACAACAUCGACAUAGGCAUCCAACGGAUCGCGCAAGUCGUUGUACUUGAUCCUCCUCCCAAGACGACGACGUUGGAUGAUGCUUCUCUCGUUUUGGACUCUCUCCAUACAAUGCUUGUCUUUCCUACUUACGAUUUGAUGAUGAUGACUCAGCAGUUACUAGCUCAAGAGGUUCAAACAUUUGUAUUCAGUGUAGUCAAAGGCUAUGCUCCAGAAGCGAGGACUUUAUAUAUUUCAAGGUUAUCGCGAUGGAACCAUCUAAUGAGAGGUUUCUUCGAGUCAAUCACUACCAAACCGCUCUUGUACUUGGAGGAACGGUCUCUUCUGGUCUUCCACCGGAUUUGCUGGUUUCUAGAUCAAAGGUUCCUAUGCCUUUGCAGGAGGACGCAGUAAAUGUUUUGGCGUCGGUGCUUUCUCCACCUCUCUGCCCAUCAGCACUCUCCUCAAAGCUCAGGGUUGCUGUUUUACUACAUGGCCUGCCUGGGUGCGGGAAGCGAACUGUUGUUAACUAUGUAGCUAGGAGGUUGGGCCUGCAUGUAGUUGAAUAUAGCUGCCACAGUUUAUUAGCAUCAUCUGAAAGGAAAACAUCUACUGCUUUGGCACAGACUUUUAAUAUGGCACGAAGGUUUAGACCAACGAUACUUCUGCUCCGCCAUUUCGAUGUUUUUAAAAAUCUGGGAUCUCAGGAUGGCUCCCAGGGGGAUCGAGUUGGUGUGGCCUCUGAGAUUGCAUCGGUUAUUAGGGAACUCACUGAGCCAGUUUCUAAUGGUGAAUACAGUUCCAUGGAAGAAGAAUCGAAUGACAAUUCCUCUGUAGAUGAAGUUGGGAAGUUUAGGGGACACCAGGUGUUGUUAAUUGCAUCUGCUGAAAGCACUGAAGGUCUCUCUCUCCGACAAUCAGGCGUUGCUUUAGCCAUGAGAUACGGAUGAGUUCUCUAAAUGACGAACAGAGAUCUGAGAUGCUGUCUCAGUCACUCCAAGGCAGCUAAGCGAAAGGUGAGAAAGAGAGGAUUAACACUUUUUAAAGACUGUAAUAUAAGCCUCUAGUCUUAUCGAAACAAUGUUCAAUCUCCGCUUCCGUGGCAAAUUUCUACAGGUCUUGAACUCAGAUUCAGAGGAGUCUCUUCCAGAAGACGAUCCAGAUUCUGUUGUUGUAGAGUAUGUGGAUUUUAUAAAGGCGAUGGAUCAGCUUUCGCCAUCACUAUCCCAUAAGUGAAAUUAAGAAGUAUGAGGCGCUUCGAGACCAAUUUGAAGGCCGUUCCAGCUAAAACUCCUCAAGUCAUAUUAGCAACGAAAUAAAAAAAAAAAGUAGCAUACAGAUUACAGAGCUAAAACCUUCCAUGUACAUAUGACAUUAGCACAAUAAUAAAAACCUUUUUGAUUUGGGUCAGAGAAUCUUAAUUGGUUCCAAAUUUGUUGUAGACAGCAUAUCCUUUUCAUAAGGAGAUUAUCAAGAUUUAACUAUAGUUUGUCGGAAAGAACCAACUUUUUAAACGCUGACAUCAUCAACGUCACAUGGAAGUUUGCUUUGUUUGUGGAAGCUGGUCCGAACUCGUUUUGAUGAAUUAUUUGUGUUUUUGAGUAAAUUCUCUUCUUUUUAAAAAAAAAUUGUUGGAGAAAAUAGCGAUAAAGAGAUAAUGAGGAGGAAUCUGAAAACUCAAAUUUUGAAUUUCUGAAACCAAAGUGGGGAAUCUCGUUUCCAUCUUUGCAAGUUUUUCUUUUUUUUUGCAUCUCCAGAUUCUUCAGGUGAGCUCCAAAUUCGUAUGAUUGGAAGAUUUGGCUUCUGCGAUUUGGGUCGGAUAAAGGUUGGAUUUUUAGAUGAUUUCGAUGAGCAACAGCUCUGCUGCGAGAAGAGAAAUAGGGAUAGGGUUUGGUGGAACUGAGGAAGAAAUGAUGGAAGACAGCGACUUUGAGGAAGAUAGCAUUCAUUCCUAUGUUUCUUGCGUUGACCCUGAUGUUGCUCUCUCUUAUAUUGAUGAGAAGCUCGAGAAUGUAUUGGGACAUUUUCAGAAGGAUUUUGAAGGAGGUGUCUCUGCUGAGAAUUUGGGUGCAAAGUAUGGUGGCUAUGGUUCAUUUUUGUCUAUGUAUCAAAGAUCUCCUGUUUGUAAGAGUCCACCACCACAAGCUCAACACCAAGUGGUGAGUGGAUCUAAAUGCUCAGCUUCAUCGGCUGCACCCCAAGUAGCAGUAUCUGGUUCCACCUCUAAAGCUCUUCCUGCGUCCGAUGUUUUGGUCAAUUUGAAAAAACCUGUUAGCAAACAAAAAUCUGCCACUAAACCUUCUUCUUCUGGUCCAUUGAAUCAUAAGACAUUCAGACUCCGUAUUAAAGUUGGUUCAAGUGACCUCUCCUCACCUAAAAACGUUUCAACCUAUAAUAGUAAACAAGGCUUCAAUAUACCACCAUCAACUUCAGAAGGUGAAGAAGGGUUACUUAAUAGGAUUCAAGAUUCGCCGACUAAAAUUCUUAUGGCUAUGGUGUCGUUCCCUUUGCAUAAAGAUCAACUUUUGUCACCUCUCUCUGAUGAUAUUAUUCAGUUAGGAAAGAAAGAAAAGAUCAUGACAGAUGCUGGAUAUGUUGAUGUCAAAAAGUCAGACUCAAAGCCUGAACUGGAAAAGGUUAGUAAGAGUGAGACAAGGAAUGAAGACCAAAUAUUGAAGUCAGAGCUGCCUGAAGCACAUAAGUCACAAAAAGGUUCAAGCAGGAAUAGUUUGAGAGGCAAGGACACUGCUGUAAGUAAUACGGCUGUAGUAGAUAAAUAUCAAGAAGAUAUUGGAGGAUCCGAAGAUGUGUGUGAAGGACUCUUUGGUGAUUCAGGAGAAUCAAAAGAACAAGAACAAAGUAGCCUGGUUAUUGAAGCUAAGAAAGAAAAGCUUUCAGAAGAAAAUGCAUUGAAGGAGAGUUUAGACAGUGUUCAAAGUGAUGAAGAGGCAUGUAAGCUUCUUCCUUUGGGAGUGGGACCUGAAAGAGAACUUUCUGGGACUUGUAAGAAACCAAAGACUGGAAAAUCACGUUUCUCUUCUGUAGAUCAACCUGGCUCCAACAAAACUCUGGACGGUGUAAAUAAAACUAUGAUCACUCAAGCCUCAGGCCAUAAAGUGAAGGAUAUUGCUAAGGCUUACUCGCAUGAUAGACAUGAAGACAGAAAGAGGAAACAGGAGGAAAACAAAGUAAGUGGAGAUUGUAUGAGAGAAGCUGCAGUAAUGGAGUCAAGUGGAGAGAAAGUUAGAAAGAAAAAGAGGCUUAAGGGUUCAAGUUGUGAUGUAAAAGAGUUGCCUUCCAGUAAUGAAAGUUGUGAUAGGGACAGAGGACGUAGUCAGGAAAAUGGUAGAGAUAGUGAAAUGAUCAAAACUAGUGUCCACGAAGCUAAAGGUUCGCUAGUUGACUCACCAGCUCCUUCAGCCUUAGACCCACGUGAGCUUAAACCAGGAAGAAACUCAGAAGGGGAUGAACACCAUGAUACUGAAUCUAGUGCUGGUGAUACGUUAAAAAGAUGCCGAGAUGGUGAAGGUUAUAGCACUAUGGAUAACCCAGGGACAACAAAGGAGGUUGCACAAAGUUCCAAGGACACUGCUGUUGAAGUAAAGACAAAAGAAAGUAGAAGCAAGAAAAGACCUACUAGAAAAGUGUCUACGGAGAGUAAUAAAGAAGGCUCAAGGGAAUAUCAAGAUCCUGAUACUAAGCUAGAUACAAAUGGUAGUCAUUUUCAUUCUCCACAGAACUCUGAUAGAGCCAAAACUAUUCGUGGGAAGAGCAACCACUUGGAAGUAAUCGCUGAGAAAUUAAAGAAUAAACCAUCUCCACCAGUUGAAGUCUUGGGCCACGGCACUGAGAUAUCAAAUACAAAGGAACACAUGAUGAGAAAUGAUAAUCACAGUUCACUAAACCAAAAGCAGAAUGGAAGUACGCAUAAGGAUGAUGUUGGCUCAAGCCCUUUGAAAAAGGAAUCCACGUGUCAGACUGCCUCCAACUCAAUCAAAGAGGCUACAGAUUUAAAACACAUGGCUGAUCGUCUUAAGAAUGUUGUGUCCAAUCAAGAGAGCACUAGUGUUUACUUUCAGGCAGCGCUUAAAUUUCUUCAUGGUGCCUCUCUUUUGGAGUCCUCUGGUAGCAUUGCCAGAUCCAAUGAUAUUUAUGGCAGCACAUCAAAACUUUGCGAGUUCUGUGCUCAUGAAUAUGAGAAAAAUAAAGAUAUGGGGGCAGCUGCUCUUGCUUAUAAAUGUAUGGAAGUAGCAUAUCUGAGGAUAACUUAUUCCUCCCAUGGAAACAUAAACAGAUACCGGUCUGAGUUGCAAGCAGCUCUGCAAGAGAUUCCUUCAGGUGAAUCUCCUUCCUUUGCUUCUGAUGGUGAAAAUCCAAACCAGACACUGGCAGCAGAGAAGGCUGCCUUGUCCAACACUGUGAGGUCAUCUCCUAGAGUAACCGGAAAUCAUGUUCUCUCUUCAGGAAACAACUCCUCUCUUUCACAGCUUUUGGCAUUUUCACAAAACGUAAGCUAUGCUAUGGAUGCAUCAAGAAAAGCACAGACAACGUUUGCAAUUGCAAAGGGAAAAUCGUCUGACACUCGAUACAGUAGUAAUGGCAUAGCAUCCAUCAAAAGGGCUCUUGAUUUCGAUUUUCAGGACAUGGAGAAACUGUUGCGUGUGGUGAGGCUUGCAAUGGAACCAAUUAACAUGUGACUGUGAGUUGUGAACUUAUGAUCCUACCAUGUAAAAGUUAAGAUUAUCACCACAGACCAUACUGACUGCAGAGAAGAGAAGGGGAAGCUGAUCGUUGAGUUUUUUGCUUGGAUAAUUGAAGACUGUAUAAACUUAUUUCACUUCUAAAGUGUAUAGUGUUAAGGACCUUUGAGUGUUGUAGCGUAUAGUAUAUACAUAAUGUAAGACAACUUUAGGAAAGGGUUAAUGAUAGUCUUCAAAAUGACUGGAAGGAAAAUUACUCUGGCUUUGUAGCAAUUGUUUCUUGAAUCAAAGGGUUUUUUCUAUUCGUUUCAA